CACGAACGACUUACUGCGCAUGUGCGUCAGAUCCUGACGAAAAAGAAGAAGAUCGAGAAAUAGUGAGAUACUUUCGUGCGUUUUGGCCCUUUCUUUGAGUCUGUGAAACUACUUAAAGCUGAAGAAGGGACGGACAACACCCAAAGAACCUUAGGAGGACGGAGCAGCAAGGUUCCACGCCGUUGGUGUGAUAAAAAUCGGAAUUAUACCAGCGACGGUCGGACCCCUCAAUGCCGUGCCUGCUAGCCUAACCAAGGUCUUGCAUUUGUGCUUACACCAGAGAAUCAUGCAGACCACGGUACCGGUGAACGUUCCGAACGUUCCCCCGCCCAACAAGACAUGGGAGCUGAGUCUGUACGAGCUCCAUCGUACGCCACAGGAGGCCAUCACGGACACCACGGAGAUCGCGGUGUCCCCACGCAGCCUACACAGUGAGCUGAUGUGCCCGAUAUGUCUGGAUAUGUUGAAGAACACCAUGACGACCAAGGAGUGUCUUCAUCGCUUCUGUCAAGACUGUAUCAUCACAGCCCUACGCAGUGGCAACAAGGAGUGUCCAACCUGCCGCAAGAAACUGGUGUCCAAACGCUCCCUCAGACCAGACCCAAACUUCGAUGCUCUCAUUUCUAAGAUCUACCCCAGCCGUGAUGAGUACGAGGCUCACCAGGAGCGUGUGCUGGCCCGACUGAACAAGCACCACAACCAACAGGCACUUAGCUCCAGCAUAGAGGAGGGCCUCAAGCUGCAGGCACUCAACAGGGCCCAGCGUGUUAGGAAACAUUUGGAAGAGCCGAGUGGCGGGGACCUGGGCCAGCCACGUAAGAGACCCAAGACUGGAUCCGACGAGUCUGGUGCGGAACAAGAGUCUCACAACUCAGGAGGCGAGAACUUCUGUGACCCACCCGAACCUUUGAAUGAGGUUGAGUUGGUUUUCAAACCACAUCCCAACAACCACGAAGACUCUGAGCAUGGCAGCCAAACAAGCCCAGCUGACAUCAGCGAAUCCUGUGCCCGCUCACUCAGUGGAUGGCAACCUAGUGUCCCACCAACUCCAGAAGCUGUGAACGAGAUUGAGUUAGUCUUCAAACCACAUCCCUCGCCCACAGCUUCUAAGGCAGACAGUCAGACAAGCGACAGAAAAUUCACCCGAAAGUACAUCAAGACGACAGCCAACGCUACAGUGGACCACCUGUCCAGGUACCUGGCAAUGCGCCUGGCGCUGGAGAAACAGAAGGAAGACGUGGCCGGUCCUCCCAGUGUUGGUACUGAGGAGCCACAGUACACCAUCUACAUAGCACCCACUCCAGGACAGUUUGUGGCACUGACAGGGGGCAUGAGCCUGGAAGCUGUGAACGAGAAACACUGGAAGGUAAACAGACCGCUGGAGAUGUACUACUCUCUCAAGAAAUGAGCCUUUCUAAUCUGCAACUCAUCUUGAGGCCAUGUUGAUUUGAUUACAAGGAUGACAGAAAACCUCAAAACUGGUGCGAGUGUGCUGAUAAAGAAGGCUUGGCAAAAAGUAGUUGUCUUCAUUAUGAAAUCCACCUUAAGUUGUCAGGAAGGUUGAACAAAUGACUUAACACGCAGAGUAUGGUAUACCACAUGCAAUCUUCAUUUUCGUUUUUCCCAUUGCCUUCCUUGACUUGUGAAUCGAUUUUGGAAUUCUAUGACAUUAGUAUAUAUUAUCCAAAACUUUUUUUUUACAAUUUAUGUCAUAUAUUUGAUCAUUUUACAGCUGCUUUGUAUAAUUUACAUGUACGUGUACAGUAUGGUCAGAAAUGUUUUUCUGAAAAUGGACAAAAAUUUAUGUGCGAGUAGAUGUCAUCCAUAUAAUCAAAUCAACAUGGCCUAACUGUCUCACAGAAUCCAUGUAGUAGCAUACAAGCCUUUUUGGAUGUGCUUCAAACAUUUUAGUACCAGCCAAGUGCUCAAAAUUAGUCAAAGUGAGGUAAAUCAACAAGACCAGUUCAACAAAAACCCAAGUCUUUUUUAUGCAUCAGCAGACAAUGACUGUCUCAAGAAUCAUUUACCUUCGUGACGUACCAAAACUACUAUACGCCUAAUGUGUAUAGACGUAGUUCAUAUAUGUUUAAGACACAAGUCUUGUUGAGAUUGGUGUAGUCUUAUAUACAUGUAGGGUAUAUUUAUAGUACGUAUUACAUAUCCAUUAUGUAUAGUAGUUGUCAUAUUUUCCAAAGUAGUCCACACUUAACACAUGUAACUACUAUAGGUGCGUGAGAUUGUCAGGUCAUUCCCAAAUUUACGUAAUGGCGUAUUCUGACUUUCUGACUUAUUUUUUUAUAUCUUCAAACGCCUACGUUAAUGCAUUGAUAAUGCAUAUUGAGACUGUAUUGCUUAAUGUCUUUGAAUAGGGUGUACUCAGCUACAUGUACAUGUAAUUUAGGGAUUAGACUUCUUUCUUCCACUGGUGAAAGAUAUUGAAUACAUGUAUACAGCUAUGGCUAUUACAGUACUGUGACUAAUGAGAGCAAUUUGUGAUGUAAUUGAACUAUGUCUUGUGCAAGAUAAAACUCGAGUGAUGUGAACUCAACUCUUUAACUCGCUUCUAGUAAGGAUUUUGUAUGUAGAGAUAGCUUUAAAGCCCAUACAUUGGAAGUGUAGGAUGCCAACAAAUAUGCCAAAGUCACAUUUUUGCUUCUUCAAAAUAUUCUUGUGCAAGGCUUGGUAUAAUAGUAUAAGUCAAUGAGGGCAUAUGCUAUUGUUGUUGUUGUAGUACAACGUACAUCAGACAAGAGUUUGUUACAACAGGAUAUAUGGUCAUUUAGAGCCCUUUUUAUGUGUACAAGUAUAUGAAUAAUUAUUUCAUUUCUUUUACAUGUAAUACUCUGUAUGUACGCUCUGUUCUUAAAACUCAUCUCACACGAAAAGUGAACUGCAGUAUUAUGUGUAUGACAAAGAAAUAGUUGGGGAAAACUUGCAUUGUGUAUAGAUGACAAUGAAUACUCAACUACAAUGUACAAGACUUGUAAAUGUAACGUUUGGCCAUUGCUAAAAUGAGCACUGUGGCUGAUAGCCACAAAGGAAUAAUUUUGCCAAGUGUCAUCGUACUAGAUUCGAAAUAAAACAAUAGGUGGCCCCUA